UAAAUACCAGGGAAGGGGUGAUUAGGAAUUGUUAGGUCAGUUUAUAUAGCUGCUGGCGGUCUUAUCUGUGUGUAUUGCCAGAUUGGAGAGACAUUUUUGUGUCAUGCUUGAUAAGCCAAGUGUGAAGGGGAUAAAGAGAAAUAUGUAAUCUAAUGUUAUGGAUGGAUUUAUCAAUGGACAGGGCUAGGUAAAUUUGCAGUAUAGCUUUGGGUUUAAGAGAGAUGUCUUGAAUGCUUCCGAUCCGAGGAGAAAAUCCACAUGUCGUGGUCAUUAGUAUGCUGUUAUGUCACAGAGUACCUCACCUGACCAGGCGUCUUCUUCCACUGACUCUAAGUCUGAUGAUAGCUUUAGUAUAAAGGAUCCUUCCACUGUUUCUGUUCCUAAAGAAGGGCGUCGCCAGCUUCCACCAAUACCCAGUCCCGACACACAGCUAGCCAUGGCAUCAGAAAUUAAACAGAGGCAGAAUGCCAUGCCAAAAAGUGGUGGAUCUAAUGGGCAUGGACAGCUGUUUACUGAGUACAAACUUAUGGCUGAAUAUAAUUUGCUGAUGUCACACAAAGUUCCUGGCUGCUAUGCCAUACCCUCUGCCUUGACACCACUGAUUUGGCAUGGGGUGUUGUUCAUCAGGCAGGGAAUGUAUCAAGAAGGGGUUUUUAGAUUUAUUCUGACCAUUCCUGAGAAUUUCCCUGAUGGAGAUUGUCCUAGUCUAGUCUUUUCAUUCCCAGUCUUUCAUCCUUUAGUGGACCUAACCACUGGAGAGUUGGAUGUCAAACGAGCAUUUCCCAAGUGGAGAAAAAGUACAAACCAUAUAUGGCAGGUCCUGCUUUAUGCACGUCGCAUUUUCUACAAAAUAGAUACCAAACUUCCCUGGAACAAAGAAGCUGCCUCACUGUAUGACAAUGAGCCAGAUGCCUUUCGAAAAGAAGUCUUGAAAACGGUGAAUACCAGUAAAGAGAAAAUAGAGGAACCAGUUAAAUCAGAUGACCCACAUAUACUCAGGUUCACUCCUCUUGACCCAAGUGUUCAUGAAGAAGUUCGAAAGCAGAUGAUGAGUAUGCAGGUCAGCCAAAGUGACCCAGGGGGAGUUAAGCCAGGUCUGUCAUGGAUGAAACCAGGAAGUGUUCAGAUUUUCACCAGAGAAGAUUCUGCCUUAGCAUAAUUUGACCUUGUUUCCUUUUGUCUUGGUGGAAGCGGACUCUUAAACAGAGUGAAUGUGAUUUCUAAGAAUCAUGCAAAAUUCCUAACUCUUGGUGUGGGUUGAGCCAUAUAUUCAUCCCAAAAUGGUGCUCAUUGCGUUUGUUUGUUUGUUUUCUUUGUCAAUGAAACACACGCACAGUUGAAAAUGGAUAUUUAAUGGAAUGUUUUAUUGAUAUAGUGAAGCACUUACCAUGAAAAUAAUCUAUGCAUGUAUAUCUCUGUAUUUUCAUGUUAACAAUUCAUUUUUUUUUUUUAAAGAAAAUAUUUUAAUAUUUUUCUUUGACAAACUGGAGAUAGUAAUUUAUCAAACUUUUAUUUUUUGAAUUAAUUUUGUUUCAAAAAUGUGUAUUUUUCAGAUUAUUAUAAACUUGAUAAAUAUACUGUUUUAAUUACAGUGAGAAUAUGUAUUAUUAUUAAAGCAUUCACAGUAUAUAUUUUUAAUUUUCUGUCUUUCAUAUACAUGUAUUUGAAAAAAUUGAUAAAAAAAUUAAAAAAGAUUUAGAUGAAAAGAUUUCUGUGCAAUUGUGUAUGGUAUUUUCCAUUAAAAUUGAUAUUAUAGACUUGUAAUAAUAAAUCCCUGAAGAUUUGCAGGCUGUACAUGUAUUUAUAUGUUGUGUGUUUUCUGUCUCUAUAAAUCUUAUUUUCUUGGGUGAUCUGUGUUGAAGCAAUGUCAUCUGGUGAGAGGACAAAACCAUACACAGUUCUGUGCCAAACCUACGUUGUUUUUUUUUUCUUUGCACAUAGCAAGGAACUUCAAAGAGAUGAAAUGCUAUGACUUAAAAUCAUUAAUAUAUCAUUAAUAACUUAAUAUUUUGUUCUCUGCAAAUGGGAUUGUGUAUAUGUUAACUAAGUAUUUUCUUGUUACAUUGUACUUGUAAUAUUAAUUUUGUCACUCUCAUCUGAAAUGUUGUGCAUGUGUAUUUUACUCAGUAUGGUACUUUAUUGAAACAUAUCAUAUGGUUGUAUUAUCACUGAAUAAGUUUUUAUGAA